CCACCAACCCCCCCCCCCCCUUUCCUAAAAAUGGCAGCAUCCCUCCCCUACCACGAACCCUCCAUCACCGAAAUCCUAACCCUCUCGUCAUUCCUACUAGCCCUCAAUGCAGUCAACGCAUUCCUCGACAAGACGCUCUACUGCGGACUGGUGGGCCAGGUCCUGCUCGGCGUCGCGUGGGGCACGCCCGGGGGCGGGUGGCUCUCUGCUGACGUGGAGCGCGCGGUCGUGCAGCUCGGGUAUGUUGGGUUGGUGUUGAUUGUUUUCGAAGGCGGUCUCUCCUCCUCCCUCUCCCGCAUGCAGUCCAACCUGCCGCUCUCCGUCUGCGUGGCGCUAACCGGCGUCGCCGCGCCUCUCGGCCUCUCCUUCGCCUUGCUCGGCCCCAGGCUGCUCGGCGCAUCCCCCGUGCAGGCGUUUGCUGCGGGCGCGGCGCUGUGCUCGACGAGCCUGGGGACGACGUUUACGGUGCUCGGGACCAGCGGGCUGGUGGGUACGCGGCUGGGGAGCGUGUUGACGACGGCGGCGAUGCUGGAUGAUGUUGUGGGGCUGGUUAUGGUGCAGGUUGUUGCUAGUUUGGGAGGAGGAGGAGGAGGAGGAGGAGGAUCUUUCGAGGCGGUGACGGUGGUCCGCCCUGUGUUGGUUUCGGCUGCGUUUGCGGUUGUGGUGCCGCUGGCGUGUCGUUGUGUCUUGCGCCCUGCUAUGAAGUACCUGACUCCAAUGUGUGUCGAGGAGAAGAAGACGCGAAGGGCCUCGUCGCUGCCGUUGUUACGGGAGAGGCAUGUCGCAUUUGUGGUUCACACGUGUCUCCUUCUUGCCCUGGUGGUUGGUGCUAGUUACGCGGGCGCUUCGGUACUUUUGGCGGCUUAUCUCGCGGGUAUCACGAUCGCGUGGUGGGAUGCAGAGGUAGAGGCUGUCGGACCGAGCUCGAGCUCGAGCCCGAGCCCGACUGUGGUGGUAGAUAAUAGUGAACCUACGGGGGAAACAACCGCAGAUUCUAGAAGAACGCUUUCUACGACUGCAUCUCCGGAGCGGGAACCAGGUUCGGAUGGUGAUGAUGCCAACGCUUUAGAAACGGAUUCUGCAACAAGGCAAACCAGAGGUGGCGAGAGCAGGAUCACGGGAGCUUUAGUCUAUGAACAUUACUAUUCGCAGACUGUUGAGCAUAUCCUGAAGCCCUUCUUUUUCGCAUCCAUCGGCUUCUCGAUCCCUGUAUCCCAGAUGUUCUCCGCAUCCAUCCUCUGGCGCGGCAUCGUCUACACCAUCCUCAUGAUAAUCGGCAAGCUGGUCUGCGGGGCGUGGCUGGUGCGAUUUCCCAUAUCCCUAAGCACAGCCGGGAAAGGGGUAACCACUCGGUAUCACGCUUUCCUAUCCAUGAUUCGGAGGCGCGGUUCGGCUAGCAAUAAACAGCAAGAGAGGGUCGAGAAUGUCAAUACCGAUGACAGACGAGAUGAUACGAGGGAGGAAGCACAGCAGCCACCACCACCACCUCAGCCAAGCGCUCCAACAACACAACCCCCAAUCCCACCCGCAAAGCCACUAUCCCUCUACCCAGCCGGUAUCCUUUCAUUCGCAAUGGUAGCGCGGGGCGAGAUCGGCUUCCUAAUCUCCGCCAUCGCAGAAAGCCACGGGAUCUUCCGGAGCGCGUCCGAGAAGCAGCAGCAGCAGCAGCAGCAGCAGGAAGGGGGCUCGGAAACAACAACAGCAGCAACCUCGGAGCUCUUUUUGAUAGUCACGUGGGCGAUAGUGCUGUGUACCAUUGUAGGGCCGGUUUGUGUCGGGCUGUUGGUUAAGAGGAUUAAGAGGCUUGAAGGGAGGAGAGGAGAGGCUGUAGGCGGCGACGGCCGGAAUGUCCUGGGUGUUUGGGGGGUAAGCUAGGCAGAGAGGGCACGAUUACUGCGUGGUAGACACAUACAUAGCUGGUACAUAUAUGUAUAGGUACCUACGUACUACGGUCACAGUAUAUGCGAU